GUUUGCAAUCAUGGCGGCUUCUGAAGCAGUUGUAGAAACAUCAUUCAUGGAUCCUUUCAAAGAUGUUCUGGUUAAUUAUUUAAUGCCAGAAAAAUGCUACGACGAGUUCUUUUUACAGUUCAAUCUUCUGCACGUGGAUUGUCUGAAGAUUGUAAUCAGCAAAGGCCUGGGCAUUGGGAUCAUCCUUGGUUCUGUAUUAGUGAAGCUACCUCAGAUUCUGAAGCUGCUUGGUGCUAAAAGUGCAGAGGGACUGAGCUUUAACUCUGUGCUGCUGGAGCUGUUUGCCAUCACAGGCACCAUGGCCUACAGUUUAGCCAACAGCUUCCCCUUCAGUUCCUGGGGUGAGGCACUUUUCCUCAUGUUUCAGACUGUGACCAUUGGUUUCCUCAUACAGCACUAUGGAGGAAAAACUAUUAAAGGUUUGGGCUUUCUAGUGGUUUAUUUUGGUCUGUUGGCAGUCCUUCUCUCUCCUGUGACUCCCUUGUCGGUUGUCACUACCAUGCAAGCCUCUAAUAUGCCAGCCAUCAUCUUUGGACGGUUAAUUCAGGCCGGUACCAACUACAGAAAUGGUCACACUGGGCAGCUAUCGGCUAUUUCAGUGUUUCUGCUGUUUGCAGGCUCUCUGGCACGCAUAUUCACUACAGUGCAGGAAACCGGAGAUUCCCUCAUGGCCGUCACCUACAUAAUCUCCUCCUGUUGUAAUGGUGUGAUCGCCGCGCAGGUCCUCUAUUACUGGAACAGCAGCCCUGCGCUCAAGAAGAAGAAGAAGACUCAGUAGAUCAGAGCGAAAGGCAAACUCGCUGACCGCUCAAGCCAACACACUGCACAGAACAGGGAUCAGUUCAGUGUUCUAAUAAAAAAAAACGGUUCUUAUGAAAUUGAGCUCUGCCCUGAAAACACAUGCAUUUGUUAACCUAUCAGUGCAUGAAAGGCAGGUACAAAUACUGUAAAAGUGUACACAUUUAUGUAUUCCAGGUGCCCUAAAAUGGACCAGAAAGCCAGUAUCGUGAGGUACUGUAGGUAUACAGGCUUUUCUUCCCCCUUUUAAUUCCAUUUAUUGUAGUGGGUUGUUUAAUUAGACGUGUUUUGAAGCUCAGGGAGUGGUGUUCAUAAUAUUCCUGCUUUGGUUUUUUCAAUUUUCAUUCAGUUAAAUUGCAAUUUCUAUUAAAACCAACUUAUCCAUUCUGAAUUAAACCAAUCUGUGAGGAAAAAACAAACAAACAUCCAGGCUGGGUUUUGUAGACCAAAUUGUACCAAACGAUGUUUUAGUCCAUGCUCUCGCACGUAUGAAAAUAUGUGUUGUUAUUAUAUGCUGAAGGCAGUCCUACUGGAACAUCAAAAAGGCUCUUGUUCUAAUUGUGUAGACAUUCAACCAUAUGGACACUAUUCACGUCUUCCAGCACAUAUAACUGCUCAUGUUGCUUUGGACUGUAUACAACACAUUUCAUUGUGUUUUUGACAUAUUAAAGAUUUCCCUUUAGGUUAUCUAAAGAGUUAAUUACUGUUUCUUGUCAAUCUUGCAGUUGUACAUGUAGCCAUGCUGUUAAGUAUCACCAUGACUAAUGGGAAUUGGUUAAAUUAUGAAAUUUACUACGCUACAAGGCACUUUUUCCGGUUUGUUCUAGAUUUUACUAUUCACCCAUCAAUUACAAGUUGUCUCAUGCUGUCUGAAGUUGAAGGAAAAAGUUUGGUUUGAAUGAUGGAAAUUGCAUAUUUGCACACAGUAUGUUUGUGAAUUUAUUUCCAGUUUGCUCAUGUAUUGGUCUUUGUUGGUGUAUUUCAGGAAUGAAACAUAAUUGACUGUGAUUAUCGUUUUUCCAUAUCUGAGUUUUAGUUUGUUUUUUUUUUUUUGUUUUUUUUGUUUUUUUGACCAUUGAGCAAAACUUUCCAUCAGAUAAUUGGUAGUGUUCUUUGUUUGCAAAGUAUUUCCUCUGGUUUGAAAGGCUUUGGGGAAAUAACAAACUGUUUAAACCCUUUAAAUAAACGGUUUUAUUCU